CCCACCUGAAGAACCCUCCCAUUUCCAUCUGGGAUCUACCUGACUAAAACCCCAGGCCUCGCCAGUCGCCGCCGGCCGCCGCAACCACGCCUCCCGUGAUGGCUCACCUCCGGCUCCUCCUCUCCCGUUCGCAGCGCCACCCGCAGCCCCACCGCCACCUCCCUCUCUUCCACUUCUCAUCUGACGCCAACUCCAGCUCCGCCCCGCCGCCCAUCAAGCCCGUCUCCUACGCCCCGAAGCCGCAGCCCCCGCCCGACGAGGCGGCCGCCCCUCCGGCCCCGGACGCUGGCCCCGGAUCCCAGCCCCCGCUUCCCCGGCGUCUGCAGCAGCCGAUGCCGCCGCGGCAGUGGACGCGGCAGGACGAACGGUUCCUGAAGGACGCGGCGCCCGCGAUCUUGCCCGUCUCCUACCAGUCCAGGGUCGCGCCGCUGCCGGAGGACCGGCCGGCAGGGGGGCAGGCGGAGGCGGAGCCGGAGGAGCGGCUGCGAGAGGAGGGCGCGCGGAUCGAGAUGGACGCGGCGCGGGCCACGAGGAGCAUCUUCGGGAUGCAGGUCUUGGAGGAGCAGGUGCCGUACCCGACGCUCAUACCCGUCGAGAAGCGGCCGCAGAAGGGCACCAUUGAUCUCGUCGACGCCAUUCGCCUAGUCAAGACUAGUGCAAAUGAGAAGAAGCGGAAUUUUAUAGAAACUCUUGAAGCUCAUGUGAUGUUAGGUGUUGAUCCACGUCGUGGUGACCAGAUGGUUCGUGGCGCCUUAACAUUGCCUCAUGGCACUGGCAAGACUGUUAGGGUAGCAGUAUUUGCUGAAGGUCCUGCAGCAGAUGAAGCUAGAGCUGCUGGAGCAGACGUUGUUGGUGCUGACGAGCUGAUUGAGGAGAUCCGCACAGGGGGAGGCAAACUGAGCUUUGACAAGUGCAUAGCGACCCCAAUGUUCAUGCCUCGUCUUUCAAAGGUUGCUAGAAUAUUGGGUCCACGUGGUUUGAUGCCAAAUCCUAAGCUAGGGUCUGUGACAAAUGAUGUUUCUGGCGCAGUCAAAGCGGCAAAAUCAGGCCGUGUUGAUUUCAAAAUAGAUAAAACUGCUAUAGUGCAUGUCGGCCUUGGGAAGAUGAACUUUUCUGAGGAGAGUUUACGUGAAAAUAUAGGCGCUUUUGUACAUGCACUUUUACUUGCAAAGCCAGUGGGCUUAAAGAAAACUUCAAAAUACGUAGGAUAUGUGAAGAAGUUCACACUGAGUAGCACAGAGUAACUUUCUUGCAGAUGGGUCCUGGAUUUCCUGUUACCAUACCAUCACUAUCUGUGGCCGCUGAUCAUUAUAACAAGGUGCAAGUCAGCUGAGUCAAUAUAACAAACAUUGAAGGGAGCUUUCUUUCUCCACUAGCCGCGGCUUGCAGAUGGUGCCUUGUUUGGCAGUGGAGCGUAACUGAUAACCAGGUUUAACACAAUUGGAUGGCUGGUUGUUUUGCUACUGGGGAUGAUAAUUUUGUGGACAAGAGCAUUUAGCAAACAUUAUCUCGUUAAAUCUCUUGGCAUUUCAUUGGGGAUGCUGAGUUUGUCCUCGGGUCACUGCAAUUUUGUGAUUGCUGUUGCUGGUCCAUUUGUCCAAGGUUUCUGCGUUUGUUGUACGAAAUAUAAUCUUGAAUUUGUUACUAAAAAGAUUGUAGUUUUAGAGCAUCCUUGUUUUUAGAUAAUAAACCUUGCAUUCAGUUUCAUCUGGGAUUUGGGAAUACUGACACUUGAAAGAGCCUUAGGAUACAUUCAUAAGUGAGAUGACCUAGCUGGAAUUGCUAGUAACAAUCAGUUUCGUCGGCUUUCCUAGUUCCAGAAUAGUUAUCCCAGCAUGUUUGUGGCGGCUGUUGCGGUGCUGUUACUCGUGUUAUCUCAUCCAGCAUUGCAUG